AUGUCCAGUCUGGUGUGUCCUUUGGAGGUGUCAGUCAGUCCAGGGAGUAUCCAGGUAGCCCGAGGCCAGACAGCAGUAUUGCCCUGCACCUUCACCACUAACGCUGCUCUCACUAACCUUAAUGUCAUCUGGAUGGUCAUUCCUCUUUCUAACGCCAACCAGCCUCAACAGGUUAUUCUCUACCAAGGAGGUCAGAUCUUUGGUGGUGCACCUCAGUUCUAUGGGCGAGUGGGGUUUGCUGUGACAAUGCCAACCACCAGUGCCUCCAUCUUCAUCAACAACACUCAGCUGUCGGAUACUGGCACAUACCAGUGCUUGGUCAACAAUCUUCCCGACCGAGGCGUCAGGAAUAUUGGAGUCAUUGGACUUACUGUCUUGGUUCCUCCUUCUGCCCCACUUUGCAGAAUCCAGGGGUCCCUGGACGUGGGCAGCGAUAUCACACUGACCUGCAGCUCGGAAGAAGGCAUUCCCCGGCCAACGUACCUCUGGGAGAAACUGGACAAUGUUCCCAAGUUGCCCCCAACUGCCACACAAGACCAAGUCCAGGGCACUGUCACUCUCCGAAAUAUCAGCACUGUGUCCUCAGGUCUUUACCAAUGUGUGGCUUCAAAUGCCAUUGGAACCAGCACUUGCCUUCUGGACCUGCAAGUCAUUGCACCCCACCCCCGGAGUAUUGGCCUGAUUGCAGGAGCGGUGGCCACAGGCGCAGUUGUGCUCGUUGUUUGCAUUGUGUUGGUGGCUGUGGCACUGUUCUACUGGAAAAAUAAACACAAAGAAGAAGAAGAGGAGGAGAUUCCCAAUGAGAUAAGGGAGGACGACCUGCCACCCAAAUGCUCCUCCACCACCAAGACAUUCCAUGCCGAUGCAUCCUCAUCAGAGAACGACACCCUCACCUCCUCCAACACCUACAACAGCCGCUACUGGAAUGACCCCAAAGCCAACCACGCCACAGACUCCUUCACCCGCUUCAGCAACAGCAACGACACCCACCACCCC